AUGGAGGAAUGCAACGAAACCAAUGGGAUUCGCACACAACGUGGGUAUAAUAGUAGUAGCAACAGUAAUAGUAGCAGCAUUAGUAGCAUAAGCAGCAGCUCCAGCGAUAGUGAUGACAAAAUGGCUACAGGAGCCAGUGAACUAGAGGCAGAUGCUGAUUCUUUAACCUGUAGACAGUCUGGUUUAUCUUUUAAUAAUCGGUUGGGAAAUGAUAUCUCCAAAUUGGGUUUUAAGCGUCCACGAGAUGGGAUGGCAGAGUCAUUUGCUGAAGUGGGAACAGCUACAAGUGCUUCUCUGCAGGAUACAUACAACUCUGAUUUUGGUUCCAUGGAAGUCAACAACUCAGCGAUCACUGUAGUUACAAAUGACCAGAUUGGAUCUCUUUGGGAUUGGGAUGGUGAUGACAGAUAUGGCACUGAUAUCCAUGCUUUGAUUAAUGAAUUUGGAGAUUUUGGUGACUUAUUUGAAAGUGAUGUUUUGCCUUUUGGAGAGCCCCCAGGAACUGCUGAAUCUCAGGCUCUCAUGUUUUCUGCACCAGAUUUUGGCGAUGUAGUUGACAACCCAGUUGGGGUGAUGGAUGUUUCUGAUCAGUUGCUUUUGUCCGAGGGUUUUGCAUCCUUUGAAAGCUUUAUUCCUCCCCCUCCUGCAGCCAUGGAAGAGACACUCAUAAAAAAUCAAGAAGCCAUAAAUAGUGCUUUGUCCUCGGGUCCAGUGAACUGCUCUUCAGCAUCUCAUGUAAGUGAAUUUGAUCACAUAAUAAAAGCUGAGGCACUGAUGACAUUUGCUCCUGAAUAUGGAGCUGUUGAAACACCUACAAGUGAAGUCUCAUCAUCCAUUUUCAGAAGCCCUUACUUGCCCAAAUCUAGAAAAGCAGAGAGUUCAAAUUCAAGCCCGAGCAUUUACACAUAUGGUCCAACACCACCUUCUUCUUGCUUUGAUGGAUUUGAUGAGAAGACUGGCAUGCCGUCAAAUUCUAAACCAUGUGCUGGAAAGAAAGAUGCAAGCAACAUUUUCCGGUCGAAGAACUAUUACACUCAUGUGGAGAGUGGAAAAGAGCAACAAGACAGAAGAUUGCUUACAAGUAGUAAUGGCAUCGCGGUCGCACAUGAUGGGGUGGCACAAUCUCCUUUCCCUGUUCUCAAUUCUACAAAUGCGGUCAAAGCGGCACAGAGGAAAAUGACUGAAGGCACAUUUGAAUCAGAAAAUUCCUUUCUAUCUAUGAGGACCAUUCCUGCAACUGAAAUUGAGUGCAUCUUAUUUCAGGCGUCAAUGUGUAGAAUACGACACACCUUGUUGUCUUCAAGUAGUCUCUCAUCUAUUGGUUUUAGUAGGCUGCCAGGUGAGCAAACUGUCAUGCCAGAAAACAUAUCUGGAAAGUAUGAGGCGAGGAGGAAAGAAUCGAUACCCGUUAGAAUUGCUGGUGAUAUUGAUGGAGGAAUGAUAGAUGGGCAUCUCAAUGCACCUGUUGGUGUCUGGCGCUCCGUAGGAGCUCCUAGAGUCCCAAAACCCACAAGUUCAUCUAGUAUGGAAAUUAGCUCGUCCUUGCCUCAUACUUCAUUCAAUGAUGAAAGUAUGCUUUCUUAUGGGAGACAACCACUUCAGGAACUUCUUGAUGGUUUGUCAUUACUUGUACAGCAAGCUACUUCCUUUGUUGAUUUGUCCCUGGACUCAGAUUGUAGUGAUGGUCCUUAUGGUUGGCUGGCGUUACAAGAGCAAUGGAGGAAGGGAUUUUCUUGUGGGCCGUCUAUGGUCCAUGCAGGUUGUGGGGGUACACUGGCUUCUUGUCAUUCCCUGGACAUUGCUGGUGUCGAGUUAGUUGAUCCACUCUCUGCUGAUGUGCAUGCUUCAUCUGUAAUUAGUUUGCUGCAGUCUGACAUAAAGACAGCCUUAAAAUCUGCAUUUGGUAUUUUGGAUGGGCCAUUGCCUGUCACUGAUUGGUGCCGAGGUCGCAACCAAUCAGGUGAAAGCACAGUUGAUGGAUAUUCUGCUGAGUCCACUAUAAGUGAAUGUAAAGAUUCAUCAAGUAUUGUAGCUCCUUCUAUUGUAGAACCAUUAAGCCCAUCACCAUCUUGUUCUGCUGGAUCAACUUGCCUUAAAGUUUCUAGUGCAAUGGAUGGAGCAAAAGUGGACGAGACAUCCCAAAGAAGAUCAAACCAAGAAAACUGUACUUCUGAGUCUGAUCUGCAGAUGUCCUCCCGGCUAAGACCGACACUUUUUGUUAUUCCGUUGCCUGCUAUACUCGUUGGGUAUCAAGAUGAUUGGCUUAAGACAUCAGCAAGCUCUCUGCAACUUUGGGAAAAGGCUCCGCUUGAGCCAUAUGCUCUACAAAAACCUAUUACUUAUUAUGUUGUAUGUCCAGACAUUGAUCCCCUUACAUCUGCUGCUGCUGAUUUUUUCCAACAACUAGGAACUGUCUAUGAAACAUGCAAACUGGGAACUCAUUUACCCCAGAGUUCUGGGAGCCAAAUGGAGGUUGACUCUGGGAGAAGGCCAUUGUCUGGGUUUGUCCUACUUGAUUGUCCUCAAGCAAUGAAGAUAGAAAGUAGAAAUGCAUCUCUUGUGGGCUCACUAAGCGAUUAUUUUCUUUCUAUUUCGAAUGGUUGGGACUUGACAAGCUACCUUAAGUCUCUCUCAAAGGCUCUCAAAGCUUUGAAACUUGGUCACUGCUUGUCCACAAAUGCAAAAGAAGGAAGUAGUGGUCCUUCUACGGUGAUUUAUGUAGUGUGCCCCUUCCCUGAGCCUAUUGCAAUUUUACAGACUGUCAUUGAAUCUUCUGUUGCUAUUGGAUCAGCCAUUUUCCAAUCAGACAGAGAAAGGAGAUCUAUAUUGUGCAGUCAGGUUUCAAAGGCAUUAAGCUACUCGGCCACAGUGGAUGAGGCAUCAAUAUCAAAUAUUUUAGUACUGUCUGGGUUUGGUAUUCCUAAAUUGGUACUGCAGAUUGUGACAGUGGAUGCCAUUUUUAAAGUUACAAGCCCGUCACUGAAUGAACUUGUAAUUCUCAAGGAGACUGCUUUUACUGUUUACAGCAAGGCUCGCCGAAUAUCACGGGGAGCCUCUAGUGAUGCAGUCCAAUCAUCGCUGUCUAGUAGAUCCCAUACAGUCCUCUCGCAAAUGUCUUCUCCUACUCCAGGGACGUGGAAGGACUGUGGUGGCCCUCGAAUUACUGGGCAUUCCCUUCCAAGAGAGGGUGAGAUGGAUGCUAGUUUGAGGACUGGUAGCUGGGAUAGUUCAUGGCAAACAACAAGAACUGGAGCAGCAAACUGCGAUCCCAACAGAAUUGGAGAGAUUUUUUCUCAAGAUGAGACUCGCUACAUGUUUGAACCACUUUUUAUUCUUGCAGAACCCGGUUCUCUGGAGCGUGCGUUUUCACCUUUAGCUUUUGGUAAUUUACCAUCAGAACCUUCAAAGGCAUUGUCCGAUGACAUCAGUGGAGGCUUUAUGCAGAGUACAAGUUUAGGUGGAAGUGCGGAUUCUGGAUCAGGCUCUCAAGCUGAUGGAUCAGAGCUAGAUAAGAUUCCUCCUAGCCUACAUUGUUGCUACGGAUGGACAGAGGAUUGGCGUUGGCUAAUAUGCAUCUGGACAGAUUCAAGGGGGGAGUUACUUGAUAGCCACAUAUUCCCUUUUGGUGGAAUUAGCAGUAGACAGGACACAAAGGGACUGGAAUGUCUUUUUGUGCAAGUUCUGCAGCAAGGCUGUCAAAUACUGCAGGCUUGCUCUUCGGAUACCGGUGUUGCCAAGCCGAGGGACUUUGUGAUUGCACGCAUUGGAAGUUUCUACGAACUUGAAUACCAAGAGUGGCAGAAAGCAAUUAAUUCAGUUGGGGGUUCAGAAGUGAAAAAAUGGCACUUGCAACUGCGGCGAUCUGUGUCUGAUGGAGUGUCUGCUAGUAGUAACGGGCCUUCCUUGCAGCAGCAGGAGAUGAGUUUGAUUCAAGAAAGAACCCUACCUUCUUCACCUGGUCCUCUGUAUGGCAGCUCUCACUCAAAAAUAUCUGGAUUUAUGAAAGGUGGUUUAGGACAACCUUCUGUGAGAAAGCAGCUUAUGGGCACACAGUUGAUUGACAGCUCAAGGAGUUUGCUUCAGUGGGUGCAAAGUAUCAGCUUCAUUACAAUUGCAAUUGAUCAUUCUUUACAUCUUGUUUUUCCAGCAGAUACGCAAUCACCAGGAGCUCAUGGUGGUGUUGGUGUGGGCUCAUCAGGGUAUCUGGAAGGCACACCUGUGAAGUCUCUUGGUUCCACACCUGCUGCUUACAUUCUGAUCCCAUCGCCCAGCAUGCGUUUCCUCCCUCCAACACCACUUCAGCUGCCCACAUGCCUCACUGCUGAAUCACCUCCACUAGCCCAUCUCCUUCACAGUAAAGGCUCUGCUAUUCCCCUUUCUACUUGUUUUGUGGUCUCAAAAGCUGUACCUACUAUGAGGAGAGAUUAUAGGAGCAACUUGAAAGAAGAAUGGCCUUCAACUCUUUUGGUCAGUCUUAUUGAUCAUUAUGGAGGUAAUAACUUUAGCCAAGAAAAACUCAUGAGAGGUAAUACCAAACAAGUGGGAAGGAGUCCAAGCUCGGAAGCUAGAGAUUUGGAAAUUGAGACGCAUAUAAUUCUCGAAUCCCUGGCAGCAGAGCUUCAUGCACUCUCUUGGAUGACUGUAAGUCCAGCAUACCUGGAGAGGCGAACUGCACUGCCUUUUCACUGUGACAUGGUUUUGAGAUUAAGAAGGCUUUUGCAUUUUGCUGAUAAGGACCUCUCCAGGCAUCAAGAGAAGCCAUAA